AUGGCUCCGCAGCGGCGGGCGCUGCCCCGCGGCCCCGACAGCGCCGGGCCGGGACCGGGACCGGGCCGCGGGAGCCGCCGGCACAGCAGCGCCAGGAAGGGCAGAUCGCAGCAGGAUCCCCGGGCAAGGUGGCUGAAGGCAGCGAUCCUCCUCCUCCUCUUCCUCUGCGCCGCGGCCGGCGGCGGCCUCGUGGUCUGGAGCCGCGUCCGCACCCAGGAUGGGGUCACCGAGGGUGGAAUCCCCGCAGAUGGGAUCCCCGAGGGUGGAAUCCCCGCAGACGGGGUCACCGAGGUGCUGGCCCAUCGCAGUGACACUCUGCAGGACAAGUUCGUGGAGGUGCCCUGCUCCGAGGACUACGAGAGCCACAAGCGCUUUGCAGGUUGCACUCCUAGGAAGUGUGGAAGAGGUGUGACAGAUGCUGUCAUCACAAGGGAAGAAGCUGAAAGAAUUCGUAGAAUAGCAGAGAGGGGACUGUCCUUGGGAGGAUCUGAUGGAGGGGCAUCAAUUCUGGACCUGCACUCUGGAGCUCUUUCCCUGGGAAAGCAUUUUGUUAAUCUGUACAGGUACUUUGGGGACAAAAUUCAAGACAUCUUCACCGAAGAGGAUUUUGCCUUAUACAGGGAUGUGAGGCAGAGGAUUCAGCAGAGGAUUGCUCAGGUGUUUGGGAUCAGCUCUUCUGCCUUGUACCUGACCAAGCCAACCUUCUUCUCCAGGAUGAACAGCACAGGGGCCAAGACAACACAUGAUGAGUACUGGCACCCACACGUGGACAAGGUGACUUAUGGCUCUUUUGACUACACUUCUCUGCUCUAUCUCUCUGACUACUCCAAAGACUUCGGGGGUGGACGUUUCGUGUUCAUGGAUGCAGAUUCCAACAAGACAGUGGAGCCCCGAGCAGGCCGGGUGUCGUUCUUCACCUCGGGCUCGGAGAACCUGCACCGGGUGGAGAGGGUGCAGUGGGGCACUCGCUUUGCCAUCACCAUCUCCUUCAGCUGUGACCCCCAGCACGGCAUCGGGGACCCCGGGGUGGCAGGGCACCAUCCCUGAGUGCCCUGCAGGGACAGACCCCGGGGUGACACCACACCCCUGAGUGCCCUGCAGGGACAGACCCUGGGGUGACAGAGCACCAUCCCUUAGGGCCCUGCAGGGACAGACCCCGGGGUGACACCACACCCCUGAGUGCCCUGCAGGGACAGACCCCGGGGUGACAGCCACCAUCCCUGAGUGCCCUGCAGGGACAGACCCUGGGGUGGCAGGGCACCAUCCCUGAGUGCCCUGCAGGGACAGACCCCGGGGUGACAGCCACCAUCCCUGAGUGCCCUGCAGGGACAGACCCUGGGGUGACAGAGCACCAUCCCUGAGUGCCCUGCAGGGACAGACCCCGGGGUCACAGCCACCAUCCCUGAGUGCCCUGCAGGGACAGACCCCGGGGUCACAGCCACCAUCCCUGAGUGCCCUGCAGGGACAGACCCUGGGGUGACAGAGCACCAUCCCUUAGGGCCCUGCAGGGACAGACCCCGGGGUGACAGGGCACCAUCCCUGAGUGCCCUGCAGGGACAGACCCUGGGGUGGCAGGGCACCAUCCCUGAGUGCCCUGCAGGGACAGACCCCGGGGUGACACCACACCCCUGAGUGCCCUGCAGGGACAGACCCCGGGGUGACAGCCACCAUCCCUGAGUGCCCUGCAGGGACAGAUCCCGGGGUCACAGCCACCAUCCCUGAGUGCCCUGCAGGGACAGACCCCGGGGUGGCAGGGCACCAUCCCUGAGUGCCCUGCAGGGACAGACCCCGGGGUGACAGAGCACCAUCCCUUAGGGCCCUGCAGGGACAGACCCCGGGGUGACAGCCACCAUCCCUGAGUGCCCUGCAGGGACAGACCCCGGGGUGACAGCCACCAUCCCUGAGUGCCCUGCAGGGACAGACCCCGGGGUCACACCACACCCCUGAGUGCCCUGCAGGGACAGACCCCGGGGUCACAGCCACCAUCCCUGAGUGCCCUGCAGGGACAGACCCUGGGGUCACACCACACCCCUGAGUGCCCUGCACAGCAGCUCUGCAUGACAGCAACCUGCAAGAAGAGAGGAGAAAGCAGCUCUCUGAACCUCACAUGCAAUCAGAACUGCCCAGCUCUGGGAACAGCUGUCACACAUUUUGAUUUCACAGCUCCUUUUCCAUAAAUAUUGCAAAUGGUGGCUCAAGGACCAUCCUGAAUUUGAUGCAUUCUGAAAAUGGUUUGACUUCAAAUGCCAUGGGGACAGGCUGCAAAGAAGAGAGAAUGGGCUCCACAAAAAGAGAGAAUGGACUCCACAAAGAAGAGAGGAUGGGCUCCACAAAGAAGAGAGGAUGGACUCCACAAAGAAGAGAGGAUGGACUCCACAAAGAAGCAAGAAUGGGUUCCACAAACAAGAGGGAAUGGGCUCCACAGAGAAGUAAGAAUGGGUUCCACAAAGAAGCGAAAGUGGGUUCUUCGAUUUUUUAAUAUUUUAAAAAAAUCCUUCAGUUUGAAAGAUACAAACAAUCUUUGGGCCAUGCCUUGCUGUGACUCCCAGGCUGCUGUUACCUGUUCACUUCUUUGGUCUCCUCAUUACUAAUGUGGUGUAGAAGGUCUGACCUCAGUGAAUUGAGCCUCAGUUAAUUGAGACCUGAGUUAAUUGAAUGUUACUGUCUAGAGCACACCUUCUGUUGAGAGGGAUGGAUUCUCUGAGUGUGGCAUCAGUGGGGAAUACCCUGAGCCUUGAACUUUUUUAAAAAUGUAAUUACUACUGAUUCAUAAUUCAGGAAGUCUCUCAGUAGCUAUUUUUUGAUUUCUCUUUUCCGGUUUAGUAAGAAGACUUUUUUUGUUAAUGAGAAUCCUGAAUAUUAAAUUGCAGGUUCUUCCAAGAGGAGCUGUGUGCAAACUCAUGCAUAAUCCUGCCGAAUACUUUAAGGUUUUUACUGCAGAGAUUUCUGUGGGUCAGGAGGUUGAUAAAUAAAUGGUAGAAAAACCUAUUUUCUUUUCAAUCAAACUCUGAAAUAACCACAUUGAUCUGGUUUAUUACCUGGAUGUAUAAUUUCUGGAUGUAUAAUUUCUGUGAAACACUGAAAAUCCGGGAAUGUGCUUUGAUUUUUUUUUAAUUUUAUGCAAACGGUUUGGACUUUAUAAUGUAACCUUUUGUGGAAAUAAUAAAUACAGGGGGGAAUUACACUGAAAAUCAAUAUAAAGAGGAGUGAGAGGACACUUGGACUUGUGAGGGCUCUCAUUGGGCACACCAGCAAGAUUAAUCCUCUGUAAUUUCAUUUCUUUGUUCUGAAUCUUAAAAACUCUUCCUUGUCUGUACUAACAAGGGAGAAUUGUUAAAUUGUCUGAAUGUAAGGAAAUAUUAAAGUCACUUGGGUUUCAUAUUGAAA